AAAGUGAAUUACAGAUAGAAUGUUUCAAACAUUGUUUAGUUUAACAUAUUAAUAAUUGUUAAAGGGAAUUGUUUGAAAAGUUUUUAAAAACUUGAUUUUAUUAAACUUAUUAGAUAAAACUAUUAUUUUUCCUGGUGCAAAAUGAAAUGUUUUUUAGUGAGCUCACUUUAACUAGUGUAUAAAAGAUAAGGCAGAAGUUUGAAAAAAAAAAUCACUAACAAUGUUUGUUAAUAUGGGUGAAUAUUUUUUUGCUGGUUGUGAGGGAGGUGCUAGUCAUUCAGUUAUGAUUAUUGUUAAUCAACAUGGUUCUAUUGUAGCAGAAACUGAAGGAGAAGGAACAAAUCAUUGGCUGAUAGGUAUGGAAGAAUGUGUGCGAAGAAUUUAUGAUAUGUUAUGUAAAUGCAAGCUAGCAGCUGGAAUACCAGAGUCUUUUCCAUUAAUUAGCUUAGGUUUGUCACUGAGUGGUGCUGAUGAUAUUAUAAAACAAACAGAGAUUUCAGAUCUUUUUUUAAAAACAUACCCAAAUUGUACCAAAUAUUGUUUUACAUGUAAUGAUACAUUAUCUCCACUCCUUACUGCUGUCAAGGGUGGAGGUGUUGUUAUUAUUGCUGGAACUGGUUCUAACUGUCUCUUUUACAAUAAUGGCAAAAUUAUCAACUGUGGUGGUUGGGGUCAUUUGUUAGGAGAUAAAGGAGGUGCACAUUGGAUAGUAUUAAAAAGUUUACGAACAAUAUAUGAAGAUAUGGAUGGUUUUAAACGAUCAUUGCACAGUACAGAUUAUUUAAAGCAAGCUAUGUUUGAUUAUUUUAAAAUGAAUGAUAAGUACUGUAUUUUACCACAUUUGUAUCCCAUGGAUGGAAAAACUAUAGAUAAAAAAAUGAUUGCAAAAUUUUGUGUGGAAGGAAUUUUAAAAGGUGCAGUUGAUGGGGAUUUAUUAUGUUUACAUUUGUUUAAAUUAGCUGGUAUUCAAUUAGGAAAACAUAUAAAAGCACUUAUUCCUAAAAUAGAUUUAGAAAUGCUGCAUACUGAAGGCGGUUUAAAAGUUUUAUGUAUUGGUUCUGUUUGGAAAAGUUGGGACUAUUUAAAAGAAGGUUUCUUAACUGGUUUGAGACCAUUAACUGAUGAAGAAAAGCAACUUAAAGAAAUCACACUAGUUAAAUUAAAACCAGAAGCUAAAGCUUCACAUGGAGCAUGCUUAUGGGCUGCUAACAAAGCUGGAUUUAAUUUUCCUAUGGAUUAUGGGAAAAUGUCUUUUGCGUUUUUCAAUUAUAAAUUUUUUUAAUUUAGUUACUUCUUCUAUAACA